AUGCAUUCUACCCUCGUGGGCUCAGUUGCCCUUGCUGGGCUUGCCCAGCUGGCAGCCGCUGCUGUCAAGACUACAGCUUACACAGAUUCCAACACUGGCAUCGACUUCCAGACGUAUUUCGACACUACCACUGGCUAUAGUUUCGGUAUGGCUAUUCCUGAGGAUGCCACUACCGAUUUCAUUGGUCAGAUGGUGGUGCCUCUGACCGACGGAGCUGGUUGGGGUGCCUUGGCCAUGGGCCCAGGAAUGACUGGCAGACUUUUGCUCGUAGCAUGGCCCAACGGAGAAGAGGUUGUGUCCAGUUUCCGAUACACGAGCGCAUACUCAACCCCCGACGUGUACACGAACUCGACACUGUCGGCCUUACCCAUUGCCAAUGGUACCUUUAUCAACAGCACGCACUUGUCUUACACUUUUGUCUGCGAGGGCUGCGUGAUUGGAGGCUCUACGACUUUUGAUUUUUCGGCCGAUACUGGUGCUCUUGGUUAUGCUGUUUCCAGCUCCAACCCAACUACGCCGUCUGACUCGUCCACUGCUUUGGUCUACCACGACCUUGGUGCCAACAUUUAUGUUGCCAACUUUACUGCCGCUCAGUCUGCUCAAUAUGCUACUUGGGCUUCUUACGGGUCAGCUGUCAGCACUACUCCUUCCACCGGAGGAUCAAACUCGACCAACUCAACCACUCCUACCACGGGUUCUGGCUCAAACAGCACCAUCUCUACCCCCACAACCUUCAACACCACUUACGAUGUCAUUGUUGUCGGCGGUGGUACCUCUGGUAUCAUUGCUGCUGAGCGCUUGGCCGAGAGCGGCGUCAACGUCUUGCUCAUUGAGCGUGGCCCUGCCAACACCGUGUCUCUCGGCUCUAGCCAGGGUCUGUCUUGGAACGAUACUCUGACUCCCUAUGAUGUGCCCGCUCUUGGCAGCAGCUUGUCCACUCUCUCGGGUACCAAGUUCUGCUCUGACACUGCUUCAACUGCUGGCUGUCUGCUCGGUGGUUCCAGCUCUGUCAACGGUCUGAACUUCAUUCAUCCUCCAGCUCACGACUUUGAGCGUUGGCCCACGGGUUGGAACUGGGACUCCAUUUCCGAGGCUGCUGACCGUCUCUACUCUCGCAACCCUGGUACCACGCAGCCCUCUGCCGAUGGCAAGCACUAUGACGACCUGGCUUACACCACAUGGUCUUCAUACCUCAGUCAGCAGGGCUGGAGCGAGGUUGACUCUAUCGAGAGCCCCGAUGAGAAGCAUGCCGUCUUUUCUCGCCCCGCCUGGAGUAUCUCCAACCACCUCCGCGCUGGACCUGCCAGAACCUACAUGCCCUUUGCUGAGCAGCUUGACACCUUUACCCUGAGACUCGAGACCAAUGUCAUUCAGGUUCUGAGGACCGGUAGCACCGUCACUGGUGUCUUGACCCAGGCCACCGACGGCUCCACUCAAAUCAUUAACCUCAACACCAACGGCAAGGUCGUCCUCGCUUCGGGUGCCCUUUCCACUCCUCGUGUUCUCUGGAACUCUGGUAUCGGUCGCUCCGAUGCUCUCAGCAUUGUCCAGAGCGGCACUUCUGGUGUCUCUUUGCCCGACUCGGCUGACUGGAUUGACCUGCCUGUCGGACACAACUUGAUGGACCACGCUCAAGUGCCUCUGCAAUUCAAAGCCGCACCCACUUUUGAGGCUUUUGACUUUUCUGGCCUUGCCUCUUCGCCCAACUCGACAGAUCUGGAUCUGUAUGAGCAGGGUGCCGGUACCAUUACCCAGGCAGCUCAGCGCAUGCACAUUUGGACGUCGGCCAACGGAACCGAUGGCGUAACUCGCUACCUCCAGGGUACCAUCAGCGCCAUGGCCGACGACACCGUCACCGUCAAGGUCUUCCUCACCCACGGUGCCACCAGUCGUGGUGAGCUCGGAAUUUCGUCCUCGGGCAGCACCGUCCUCAACACCAAGCCCUGGUUGACCACGAAUGAGGAUAUGGCCGUCUACUCUGACUUUAUCCAGUCUCUGCUGGACAUGACCUCGAGCAACUCUUCCAUUGCGUCCGGCAACAGCACCCACACCCUGAGCUACUCCACCUCGGGCGCCACCCCGUCCAGCAUCAUCUCUGCGUCUCUGGUCAGCGGCGACCACUGGGUCGGCAGCGCCAGAAUGGGCACUGAUGAUGGUCGCCAAAACGGUACCGCUGUUGUCGAUCUCGAUACUAGAGUUUACGGUACCGACAACCUCUUUGUCGUCGAUGCCUCCAUCCACCCCGACCUGCCCACCGGCAACACCCAGGCCAUCAUCAUGAUUGUCGCCGAGCAGGCCGCCGCCAAGAUUUCCGCCUACAACGUUGCCAACUGGAACGGCAGCACCGGAUCCAACUCGACCGAUACCACUGGUGGCAGCACCGGCUCGGGUAGCGGAACCAGCAAGUGCCGCAAGAGAAAGCGAUCGGUUCGCCACCAGGUCAACUGGCACUCUUAG